GCGCUCUCAGAUACUUUUUGCCAGUUGAGCCGAGUACGUGAACGUGUCUGGACGUUGUUUUUAUGGGCAAUCGUUGUGGAGAGCUAGCGAAAUUGAAACCAAAACCAAAACCGAAACCGAAACACAAAACCGUUACCGAAAUCACAACCAAAAACAAAAAACUCAAAACUGCAACCGUUAGCCGUUAACUAAUACAGUUUGCAUUUAAUAGUUGUGCGUUUAGUGAGUGCAACGCGCGCGUGCAAAAAUUCUGCUCCAGUUCCCCCUCCCCCUCGCACACACACACACACACACACACACGUACGCUCAGGCCUCUCUGCCCGCGGCAGCCGCUGCUGUGCCUAGUGAUGAGCGUUAACCCGUUUGCUCUGCGGCGUGCGUGCGUCUUGUUAUUGUUGUUCUUUUUUUAGGCAAUUGCCGAAAAUAACCGUUUUGCCAUUCAUCAGCACAAAACAAAAACAAAACCAAAAACAAAAUCGAGCAAAUUUUCGCGUGUUACUUUUGUGCGACGUUUCUUAUUUUAUUGCAAAGUGCUUUGCCGCAAUUUUCCAAGCAGCGCAAGAAUUUGAUUAGCCAAAGCCACAGCUGCUAACUUUUUAGGGAUUAUAGACAGACCGAAUUGUGUGUGGAUUAGUCGACGACUGGAUACACAUGUUGCUGAGCAUCACGAAUUUUAUGGCCAUGCCUGCCUAUACGAGACAGCUUCCUCCCACAAAUUAAUGCCAAUUCAUUUAUUUAAUUGCGCAUUUUUUGGCUAAACGACGGCAGACAGAGCGCCACGAAUGUCGGACGCCAAAUACGAAAGCCAUUGGCAAACUUGGCUAAAACGUAUUUAACCCAAAAUAAAAGUGAGUGCAAGGGAGACCAAGAGAGAGAGAGAAGGAGAGAGCGAGAGAGAGGGAGAGAGGCAACUGCAUCUAUUGGACAGACAGUCAACGUCUGGUCAGAGCAAAGGCAACUAACCAACAAACCAAACCACACCACAGACUAGGCGCACACCGAGGGAGUAAAGCUCCAAAGGGGGCGCAGACAGACAGACAGCUAGAGAGAGAGAGAGAGAGACAGCGAGAGAGAGAGAGGAGCAGGCAGAAGGAAGAACGGGCACAUAAUGAGCAGACGAGGGUCGUCGGCAACGGCAAUGGCAAUUACCAUGUCGCCGUCAACAACGUGGCUGCUGCUGCUUGGGCCGCUGCUGCUGGUGCUGCUCGUGCCGACAAAUGGCCUGGCAAAUUGUCCAAAUGGCUGUGAAUGCGAUGACGAAACACUGAAAGUCAACUGCGGUGUGGGCACGCUCGAUGUGCUGCCCAUCGCACUGAACCCGUCCAUACAGCGGCUGGUCAUUAAGAACAACAAGCUGAAGACCAUCGACUCAUCGAUGCAGUUCUAUUCGCAGCUGACAUUCCUUGAUUUGUCCUACAAUGACAUGGUCACGAUACCAGAGCGCUCAUUCGCCUACCAUGCCAAGCUCCAGGAGCUGCAUCUCAAUCACAAUAAGAUCGGGCAAGUGACUAACAAAACCUUCACUGGCCUAUCCACCAUCACAGUGCUCAAUCUGCGCGGCAAUUUGAUUGCCGAGCUGGAGUAUCGCACCUUUUCGCCCAUGGUGAAGCUGGUGGAGCUGAAUCUGGGCCAGAAUCGCAUCAGUCACAUCGAUCCGCAUGCCUUUGACGGGCUGAUCAAUUUGAGCAUGUUGUAUCUGGACGAUAACACACUCACCACGGUGCCAUCGCAGCUCACAUUCCAAGCCCUGCCCGGCCUGGCGGAGCUCUACUUGGGCACCAACUCGUUUAUGACCAUUCCGGCCGGCGCGUUUCAGGAUCUGUCGGCGCUGACGCGUCUGGACUUGCGCGGUGCCGGACUGCAUAAUAUAUCGGCCGAUGCCCUGAAGGGUCUGGAGGGCAUACGUUAUCUGGAUCUCUCCGACAAUCGGCUGCAGGCAGUGCCCUCGGCUGCGCUGCAGCAUCUGGGCCGGCUCGAGCAGCUGUCGCUGGGUCAGAACGAUUUCGAGGUAAUCGCAACGGGCGCUUUUGUCGGUCUGCGUGAGCUGCGCCAUCUGGAGAUCACGGGCGCUCAUCGUUUGCGCCGUGUGGAGAGCGGCGCCUUUGCGGACAACACGAACCUGGAGCACUUGAAUCUGUCGGCUAAUAAGCAGCUCAACGAGCUGUUGGCCAAUACCGUGGGCGGCUUUCCACACCUGAGCACCGUCAUCCUGAAGGAAAAUCAGCUGAGCACGUUGUCAGAGAGUCUGUUUCCAUGGUCGGACUUGCAGACCCUGGAUCUCUCGGAGAAUCCCUUCGUGUGUGACUGCCAGCUGAUGUGGCUGCGUAAUCUGCUAAUCAGCCGCAAUGGAAGCAGUCAAUACGCUCCCGUCAUCUGCUCCUAUCCGGCCAAUCUGCGGGAGCUGCCGUUGACGCAGCUGGCCGAGCCGCUCUUGGGCUGCACCCACGGCGGCGGCAAUAAGCAGGCCAUCAUUGGCAUUAUGGUCGUCGGCUGUGCAGCGCUGAUCACCACCUUGGCGCUGGUGAUCUACACGUGUCGCCGUCGCAUACGCGAAAUGCUCAAGGGCCACUCGGCGCUGGGGCGCAAGGAGCGCGAGUAUCAGAAGACCUUUUCGGAUGAGGAGUAUAUGACACGGCCGCCGCCCGGCUGUGGCGGUGUGCAUCCAGCGUCGGGCUACCCCUGUCCCAGCAGCUACAAUUCGUCUCAGUAUUUGGGCAGCCGGCCGAUACCAGUCACCGAGCUAUAGCUAGAAGCUCCGCCCCCACCUCAGCUGCGGGGUCGGGGCGGUGUCCCCGCCAGUCACAACGGUCCCUCGCCCUUGACAAACUCAGGAACUGCGCUACAGCAGCUGCAAGUGCCCAGCGCCGUCGAUGCAUCCCAUGCGCCCUUUGCCCAACUCAGCCACAUUCACUACAUGACCAACAAUCCACAGACAGGAACAGGACCAGGAACAGGAACAGGACCAGCAGCGGCAACAGCUGCAACCACUACACCGCGCUCACAUCAUUCGCAUCAGGACAUGCGAUUGCUGGCGAAUUGCGGCGGCGGCGGCGGCGGCGGGGGCAGCGGGGGCAGCGGUGGCAAGGCACUCGGCCUAAAUGCCUCGCUGCCACGUCACAUGGCUGCGCGCCAGUGCGGCGUACAGGAGAGCACUCUGUCGCACUAUAGCCAACCGCUUGCCAAUGGCCAUGCCGGCAUUCGGCUCACCCAGGAUCAUUUCAAUCAUAAUGGCGCUGUGUAUGCCAAGCCCUGCGAUGCCAUGGCCGAUGCUGGCUAUAUACAUAACAAUUCGCAUUAUUCGCUGCCGCUGGACCAUGAUAUGCCGCCGAGUCCGACGCCCACACCGCCGCCGCCGGCGCUGCCGUUGCGCAACGGCAUGGGCAUGGCUUUGGUGCAUGGCAAUACGACCGGCAGGCGUUCCUUCAAUGCCAAUAACAACAAUGUGGCAACGCUGUCAAACAAUAACCCAGUGUUGGUCAACGGCAACAGCAACAACAACAACAACGGGAGCCUCCGCCGAUACCACUGAUACACGCUCAAGUCGUGCGGCACCUUGGGCCGUACCAAGCCGCAGCAGCGCAACGGCGACAUUGAGCUCUAUCACUUCUACAAGGGCUGAUAACGCAUCGGAAUUGGCACUGGCACUGGCACUGGCACUGGAAUUGGAAUUGGAAUUGGGACACAUUCUGUUACUUUUGAAUACGCAUUAAUUCAUAUUUAUGUAUUGUAUAUUUAGUUACUUCUAUUCAGGCGAACUUAUUUUGUAUAAAUUAGCGCUUAGUUAAACUAAAAAAAAAAAAAUAAAAUAAAUGAACAAAAAAGACAGUGUGGAUUCUGCUGACGUUAUUCAACACUGCGGUCAUCAUCUUUAGCUGUCUUUUUUCGCACCCAGUGAUUUAUUUAAUAAGUUUUACUUAGGCAUUUAAAUUCCUGUAAAUAAUUAAAUGCUAUGCACAAAAGAUAACAACAAAUUAUUAAAAUACUAAAAACGAAAAAAAAAAAAAAAACUAAAAACUUAAUCUGUAUACAAAAUAUUUACGCUUCUAAGCACAAGUCAUUCUAAAAAAAUUAUAUAUAUAUACUUAAAAAUA